UAUAAAAUCCCCUCGCCACCCGCGCGCCGAUCACUCCAACCAUCUCGCACCGCGCACCGGAAUUACAUCACACGCGCCUAGCUUUACAGCAGCCGGCAGCGACAGCCAUGGCCACCGCCACCGAGUCGCGCUCGACGCAGCAGGUGCAAGCCACCGACGCCGGGGAGGUGGCGCCGGCGGGCGGGCCCAAGGUGGUGGACGAGGUGUCCGGCUGGAUGCGCGUGCUGGACGACGGCACCGUAGACCGCACGUGGACCGGCCCGCCGGAAGCGCUCCCGCUGAUGCAGCCGGUGCCUGCCUACGCCGAGCCCCGCGACGGGCUCACGCUGCAUGACCUCCCCGGGGAGCCCAGCCUACGGGUGUACCUCACCGAGGUGGCCGCCGACGGGGUCGGGCACGGGCGGCGUCUCCCCGUCAUCGUGCAGCUCCACGGCGGCGGGUUCUGCAUCUCGCGCCCGUCCUGGGUCAUGUACCACCACUUCUACGCGCGCCUCGCGUGCGCGCUCCCCGCCGUGGUGGUCGCCUUCGAGCUGCCCUUGGCACCGGAGCGCCGCCUGCCGGCACAAAUCGACGCCAGCCUCGACGCGCUCCGCCGGCUCCGCUCCAUCGCGCUGUCUGACGCCGGCUCUCUGAACGACCCAGCGGCCGAGCUCCUCCGAACGGCCGCCGACUUCUCCCGGGUGUUCCUCAUCGGGGACAGCUCCGGCGGCAACCUCGUCCACCUCGUCGGCGCGCGCGUCGGCGAGGACGGGGCAGGCAACUGGGCGCCCCUCCGCGUGGCCGGCGGCAUCCCGCUCCACCCGGGGUUCGUGCGCGCCACCCGGAGCAAGUCGGAGCUAGAGCCAAGGCCGGACUCGGUGUUCUUCACCCUCGACAUGCUCGACAAGUUCCUCGCCAUGGCGCUGCCGGAGGGCGCCACCAAGGACCACCCGUACACGUGCCCGAUGGGCCCGAACGCGCCGCCUCUGGAGUCAGUCCCGCUGCCGCCGCUGCUGGUCGCCGUCGCCGAGCACGACCUCAUCCGCGACACCAACCUUGAGUACUGCGACGCGCUGCGCGCCGCCGGCAAGGACGUGGAGGUACUGAUCAACCGCGGCAUGAGCCACUCCUUCUACCUCAACAAGUACGCCGUCGACAUGGACCCCGCCACGGGCGAGAGGACCCGGGAGCUCGUCGACGCCAUCAGGAGCUUCGUCGACCGCCACUAGAUCGACGUGGAGCAGCUAGGCGCACCUCCUAAUUGUUUCUCGUGUCAUGCGCGUGUCCGCCAUUGCAUUGCACGUUUGGCUUGACCACAUGUGUGGCUGAGGCCUCUGGCCCAGCCGAGCUGUGUGCCGGUUGCUCGCUGUCUGUGUGUGUCGAGUUGAUGCCAUGUCUGCAUCAGUGGCGCAGGCAUCGUGUCAUUUUAUAGCCGUAUUGGUGCAAAUAAAUGUGCUAAUUGGGUCGUGUGACGGUGUCGGUGUGAGUGAUGUAGUAUCGAAUAAUAAGCGUGGCAGACUGCCAUGGAUGUGUAUUAUUACCUCCAAAAUCUGAACGGAAAUUGAGUCGUAUGUAUUGCGUGCGUCCAGAACGGCCCAUCAACAUGUUCUGAAUUCAGAAUUGGUUGUUGGCCCACGAGUCAGCUUACUUUCUAAACAAACCCAGUUAAGUGGUGUAAUCGGUGUGGAAUAAGUUCAUCUAAGCUUCCCUAUCUUGUCGACGAAUUCGAUUUUCGCUCG